UGCUUUCGAAGGUCUCUACCGUCAGCUUGAACCAGCGCAUGAGCAGCUGCAUGCGGGAAGGGGAAAGGGAUGGGGGAGGCGCGAGGAAGUUCAGAUCCGGCCGGCAAAUGUGCCCGUCGGCAAAAUCCCUGAACAUGGUGGAGAUGAAGGAGGUGACCCUUGUGUACACGUCCAGCCCGGACUCUCCGUUGGGGAAGCGGAAAUAGAAGCGACCGAAGUUGCACCGCUCUUUCUUGGCUUGUUGCAUCAGUUGCUGGCACUGGAAAUUGCCGAAUUGCUAAGUCGACAGCCGAG